CUGGGCGCCACUGGCCAUCCCGUCCAAGACAUCUGUUAAAAUCGCGAUUUCUGAUUCAUUCUUCAUCUUCCUUCAGAAGCCUCGUACGACUCAGUGCUCUCCUUUGCCUCUGGGUCUUCAAGUCUCACCAACGCCCAUACCUUCUCCCAACCUACCCCCUCCUCAUCCCCCACCUCUUUCUCCCUCCUCCUGCCUACCUGGCCCUUCAAAGCAAAUCUAAACACCAUGUUUGCUACGUGGAAGUUUGACCAGGAAACCUCUGAAAUCCAGAGCAUCCGUCAAACAUACGACCCCGUCUCGGCCAGGUCCAACCAACACCAGGCCUGCGACAGAUGCCAUGAGAAAAAGUUAAAAUGCAGUGGCGAUAAGAGUGGCUGCAACCGCUGCGUUGCCAGCUCUUUCAAGUGUGAAUACAACCGCGGCGAGUCUCGCCGUCGCAAGCGCUCUACCAAGCGCUCCUUGACAAUCAAUGUCGACCGCCAGGGACACGAAGCCAGCCUCAGCAGCCCUGGGAGCAACUAUGCCUCGAGCGUUGCGCUCUCCCCCGCCUCAUCUGCCACCAGCUUCCAGUCGUGUAUGUCUCGCAAAGGAUCACAGUCCUUCUGCAGCCCCAGCCAGUCGCACACCUCGCUAGCUUCCGUGUCCAACGCCGUGGCCACUUCUCCUACAUCAUACAACUUCGUCAUGGCAAGCCAAGACAACGAUCUUACUCCCAUCGCGACUACCUCCCAAACCUCCUCUUACAUGUACCCGCAAGCAGUGCAGGACACUCCUGAGCACGCGUUCUACUCCGGCGACUCUUGGGCGAAGGGAUACCCAGAUGUUACCACAGCGGCGCUGAUGCAGUCUACAUAUGUCACUGCCAUGCCACAUCAACAACAAUAUCUUCAAAACAAUAUGUCUAGCGAGUACCCUCCAUACAAUGACUACUCGUCUAUGAGUGGCCAGAACCAGGAGGCCUGGCAAUACUGCCGAUAGGCAACUUUGACUUUUUUCAACGUACAAGCAUACCCAUUUUGCAUGAUUUAACAGCGGUGUAUUAUGAGCAAUGAAAGCACAGGUUGGGCAGGCGGUCUUUUCUUUUUAAUAUUACUUUUUCCACUUUUACAUGUCGCGUUUUUUACACUGGGCGGGUUCGUUUGAUAGGCUUCUAUUCCCAUAGACAUUACAGGCGUUUUGUUUUUUUUCUGGGCGAGAAAUACCAUAUCCAAGAAAUAUACGGGCUGCUUCUCACUUUACCAACGGCAUUUUAGAAAUCAGAACUUUAAAUGUAAUAUCUGCCACUCACAGGCA